AACUUUCCUGUUUUCUUCACAGUUGGCAGCACUGACGCUAAUCUAUUUCAUAAUCAACUUGACCAUUGUAAACAGAGAUUUAAGAAAAUAGCAUUUAAUAUUCAAUUUUUAUUGUUGUGAGUUGUAAAUUAUGGCGCACAGUAGAGCGGAAAAGAUUGGUACAGUCUUCUCAAGAAUGACAGCGCUGGUAAAAGGUGGAGCCAUAAUAGAGAGCAAUAUACCAAUAUGGUAUAAUAUUUACAAAGCUUUCCCUCCAAAGUACGAGCCUUUGUAUAGCAGACCUGCAUCCAAAAAGCCAAUCAGAGAUAUCUUUUAUGAGGAAGAUAUUUUUAGAGCGAAAUUUCACAAGGAUGUAAGAUUUCUACAGCCAGUAAAUUUAAAAUCCAAAAAACAUUCUGAGACUCAAUUUGCCCUAAACACUUAUUCCGAAUACUUAAAGGAGGGGUUCUCGGAGACAGAAGCAUAUGAAAAAAUAAUAAAUUUACAUUAUCAUGACAAAAUACGAAGCUCUAAACCAUGAACUAAGGACUUUCAAUAACAGUAAAGUUGAAACUAAGACUUAAAGAAUUAUAUUAUUACUAAAAAAAAUUCAUAUAAUAUAUUACUGUUAUAUAAUAUACUAUCCACAUUACAUCUUUUAUCAUCCUAUGAUCUUUUGUUUCAUGUUAAAUAUUUUGGAAAAGUCAUAAAUAUCUCUAAUUUUACAAAUAAAAAUUGUGUCAUUUA